AUGUAUCAAUCAAGCGUGGAAGAACAAGAAGAAUAUGGAAGGUGUAUGGAAUGUAGACAAAUGAAUACGCUCUUGUGUAAGUCACAUUUGGGUCCGACAAUCUUGUGUCAGACUUGUGAUUUAAAUUUAAGAACACGAAAAUUUGGUAUAUGCAUAAAAUGCAAACAAAUAAAUACUGGACAGAAUUGGUGUCAGCCUUGUAAUUCAGAUAGAUUUCGACAAAAUUUUAGUAAUUGGGCUAGUAAUAAUGAUGACGUUGAUAAAUUUAUUCAAAACAAUCAACUAUCAGCAAAAAAUAAAUAUCAAUUAUUAGAGUGGAUACCCUAUGAUAGGUUUCAUGAUGGAGUUAAAUAUAUUACAAAAGGCGGGUUUGGAAAAAUAUAUAAGGCAUGCUGGAAGGAUGGCUAUAUAUCACAUUGGAAUGUAAUUAAACAUCGAUGGCAAAGAAAUAAUGCAAAUAAAUGUGUGGCUCUAAAAGUUUUAGAAAAAUCACAAAAACUUAAAUCAGAAUUUAUCGAUGAAGUAUAUAUUUGA